AACGCCUGCUCCGCGCUCCUGGAGGGAGGCUCCCGGGGCCUGGGUCGGUGGGCCAGGGGUCCCGAGGAAGGUUGUGACCGGGCCCGCCCCACCCUGUGCCCCAAUCAGGAUCAGUUUGAGGUGCUGGAGCGCCAUACGCAGUGGGGGCUAGACCUGUUGGACAGAUACGUGAAGUUCGUGAGAGAGCGCACGGAGGUCGAACAGGCCUACGCGAAGCAGCUGCGGAGCCUGGUGAAAAAAUACCUGCCCAAGAGACCUACCAAAGAUGACCCCGAAUCCAAGUUCAGCCAGCAGCGGUCCUUCGUGCAGCUCCUGCAGGAGGUGAACGAUUUCGCUGGCCAGAGGGAGCUGGUGGCCGAAAACCUCAGCGUGCGAGUGUGUCUCGAGCUGGCCAAGUAUUCGCAGGAGAUGAAGCAGGAGAGGAAGAUGCACUUCCAGGAAGGGCGGCGGGCCCAGCAGCAGCUGGAGAACGGCUUCAAACAGCUGGAGAGUAGUAAGCGUAAAUUUGAGCGGGACUGCAGGGAGGUGGAGAAGGCCGCCCAGACUGCCGAGCGGCUGGACCAGGAUAUCAAUGCCACCAAGGCUGACGUGGAGAAGGCCAAGCAGCAAGCCCAUCUCCGGAGUCACAUGGCAGAAGAGAGCAAGAAUGAGUAUGCAUCCCAGCUGCAGCGCUUCAACCGAGACCAGGCCCACUUCUAUUUUUCACAGAUGCCCCAAAUAUUUGAUAAACUUCAGGACAUGGAUGAACGCCGGGCCACCCGCUUAGGGACUGGGUAUGGGCUCCUGUCGGAGGCUGAGCUGCAGGUGGUACCCAUCAUCGCCAAGUGCUUGGAGGGCAUGAAGGUGGCUGCGGAUGCCGUGGAUGCCAAGAAUGACUCCCAGGUCCUCGUGGAGCUGCACAAGUCCGGCUUUUCCCGCCCGGGUGAUGUGGAAUUCGAAGACUUCAGCCAGCCCAUGAACCGCGCCCCCUCAGACAGCAGCCUGGGCACCCCAUCCGAAGGCCGCCCGGAGCUCCGGGCCCUGCCCUCGGGAUUGCCUAAUGGACCCCCGUCCCCCCGCUCCGGCCGCGACCCCUUGGCCAUACUGAGUGAGAUCAGUAAGUCGGUCAAACCGCGGCUAGCGUCCUUCCGCAGCCUCCGAGGCAGCCGAGGGGCCGUGGUGACGGAAGAUUUUAGCCAUCUGCCUCCGGAGCAGCAGAGAAAGCGGCUUCAGCAGCAGCUAGAAGAACGGCAUAGGGAGCUCCAGAAGGAGGUGGAUCAGAGGGAAGCCUUAAAGAAGAUGAAGGACGUGUAUGAGAAGACUCCCCAGAUGGGGGACCCGGCCAGCUUGGAGCCCCGGAUCACAGAGACCCUGCGUAACAUUGAGCGGCUGAAAUUGGAAGUACAGAAGUAUGAGGCUUGGCUGGCUGAAGCCGAGAGUCGGGUCUUGAGCAACAGAGGGGACAGCCUGAAACGGCACACCCGGCCCCCUGACCCCCCGGCCAGCGCCCCGCCGGACAGCAGCAGCAGCAGCAAUAGCGGGUCACAGGAGAACAAGGAAAGCAGCUCUGAAGAGCCCCCCUCAGAAGACGGCCAGGACACUCCCAUCUACACAGAGUUUGAUGAAGAUUUUGAGGAGCCCACGUCCCCCAUAGGCCAGUGUGUGGCCAUCUACCACUUUGAAGGGUCCAGCGAGGGCACCAUCUCCAUGGCCGAGGGUGAAGACCUCAGUCUGAUGGAGGAGGAUAAAGGAGAUGGCUGGACCCGGGUUCGGCGGAAACAGGGAGGGGAGGGCUACGUGCCCACCUCCUACCUCCGGGUCAUGCUCAACUGAGCCCCACCCAGGUGGAAGUGGGGGGCUGUCGGCUGCUGCUUCUGGGCCCCAGGGGGCCCCAGGACUUAUGCACUUUAUUUCCACCCCAUCCCCCAGCUUCAGCCGAGGCCUCUGUGACCUUGUGCCCCCCUCCCACCCCACCUUCCACCCCCAGGGACCCGCUGUGCCUUCUAGCGCGAUGUAAAUACUCAUGUUUCAAAUCUUUUCUUCCUGCCGCUUGGCUUGGGCCGUUGUGUUUUAU